AUGUCGGUCGACCUCGAAGCCAGGCCCGCACCGGCGCCGACCCAGUCUUCACCCACCUUCCGACAGACCGGCUUCUCGGUGCCUCCGACAUCGACAUCGUCGACCCAGGAUGUCAACGCCACCGCCUCCGGCAACACCGCGCACAAGGCGCCAAGAGGGAAGCUCUCGAGCUCCAGCCUCAAUGCGGCCCUGCAUGCCCGAUCCCAUUCCGGCACCGUGGGGAGAGCCGGAGGCCACCGCACCUCCACCGACGAUGGAGACGCAGAGAUGACCGACGCCGGCGAGAUGUCGUCCUACCGUCCGCUGCCGAUCCCAGGCAAGACGGCGGCCAUUGCCCUCGUCUCAAAGACAUCGCAGUCGCCCAGCGAUCUGGCCACGCCACCCGACGCCAUGGCGCUGACAUCCCACAAGCAGUCGCCUGGCCUCUCGACCAGCGGCGUCCGCCUGCCCCCGCUCAACUCGAACCUCAUCAGCCCGCGCUUCUCCACCAUGCACGGAUCCAGCGUUUCGAGCGGGCCGGCCUCGGCGACCUCGAGCCAUUGGUCGCCCGGACGCAGCUCGGACCCGCACCUCUACAGCAUCUCGUCUGGCCGCAAGUACAGCUACACGACCUUCAAGCCCUCGCUCAGCACGAGUUUCAAGAUGUCGGCCGAACGCGGUCGCAGCAGCAACACGUUCGACGACGACGAUGAUGACGACGACGACGACGACGAGAGGUUCGGCAAGCGCUCGUCGGGCGCCCUCGGCCUUGUGUCCGAUGGCAAGGCGGCCGGACGCGCGGCGACGGCCGAGGCGGGCGAGGACGGCGAUGCCUCUGGCGUCUUCAGCUUCUCUAGCCCGUGCUUCGGACCCAAGCAGCUCGACAACGACCAAAUCCCGUCUCCGGAUCCGAGCGAGCAGCUGCCCGCAGCGUCCGGCAGCGGUCCCGCGCCGAGUGGCGUGCUGAGUCCCAGCUGGGCCACGGCUUCCCUCGGCAAGCUCAGCCUCGGCAGUCCUGAAGCUAGGACGACGAUCUCGUCGCAGCUGCGUCGAGGCUCGCGCCCACAGCACAGCCACAGCUACGGCCAGACCAACCACGGUGGCAACAUGUCGACCUCGGCCGACGUCGCCGUCCACGCGGCCAUGCAGCAGCGGCGGUACUCGUACAACAAGGCCGCGAGACCGUCCCUCUCCUCGGGUCCGAGCAGCUACACCUACUCGACCAGUUUCGGGCGCGACUCGGCGCUGAAUCGCCACCCAUACCCGCGCAGCUCGAUGCCCGGCAGCUAUGGAGCGUCGAGCUACCGUGCCUCGCGUUCCCGCUCGCGCACGCGCCACGGUCCCGAAGACGCUCGGGCGUCCAGCAGGCUCGAGGACGACGACGAGACCGACGAGGAAAUGCAGCUCGACGAGGACGACGAUGACGCCACCGAAGACGAGGCCGACUACGCAUACGCGCGGCACCAGGCUGGCAGGAGCGCGUACGGCCGCUCGAUCCCGCGAGCGGUCAACGACCGCAGCCGCUCAAACACGCCGUCGAAUGCGAGCCUCGGCCUCACCUUUUCGAUGAGCCCGAGCUCCAACUCGAUCCUGGGCAAGGGGCUGCCGUACGACUCGGGCAGCCGCUCGGCCUCGUUUGGCGUCAGCCUCAGUCGUCAAUACAGCUCGGACCGCCACCCGCCAGGGGCCUCUCUGGCGCCGCACCGCCACCACCCCUAUGCGACCAGCCCGAACGGCGCCACGACGGGCCCGCUGAGCGCAUCGAUGGGCCUGUCGUAUAGCCCCGGAUCGAAUGCGCCGCUCAAUCGCCCGGCCCAUCGACGCGGAAGCAGCCUCGGCAACGGCCUGGCCGCGCCCGGCUACGGCGGCACGAUGCUCUCGACUUCGCCGCGCUACGCCAAUGGCGUGCCACACCGUGAUGAGCAGCAACUUGGUGAGGGAGGAGCGUACCUCGGGCAGCCCUCGUUUGCGUCGGGAUCGCCAUUUGCCGCGGGACAGCGCAUGGACAGCGCAGGCAAGUACUACACGCCCGCUCCGGGCAGCUCGUACGGGCAUGCGCAGGCCCACUUUGCGUCGCGCAACGGCGGCUUGGCUCAAUCGCCGCCGGGUCGCCUGCCGCCUGACCGCCUGGGCCAGAUCCACGCCGGCUUCGGGGCCCACGAGCGUUCCGACAGCAUGGCGAGCGAGGCGACCGAGGGCCCGGACAGCGGAGUGCGGCCUUCUGUGCCGCCGACGACGACGGCGAGCGCAUCCGCUCGCUCCAAUAGCAACACGGGAGCGUCGGGCAAUGUGGAUGAGACGGCACAGGUGGCGGCGAUCCGCGACCGCCUCGGUGGGGCCGCCAGCUGCUCGGCCUUUAUCUCGAAGCUAUGGCUGCUCAUGAUCAACCCGGACCUCUACAGCAAGUACAUUCGCUGGGACGAGGCAGGCACGUCGAUCAUCCUUUCGAGCGAGCCCGAGAUUGCCAACGAGUUCGCCUCGGACGUGCUGCCCAAGCUCUUCAAGCACGGCAACAAUGCCAGCUUUGUCCGUCAGCUCAACCUCUACGGCUUCCAACGGAUCCCAUCGUCGCGCCUCCUCGACCCCACCGAGAUCAAGGUGGCCGCCGCCAGGCGCGCGGCCGAGUCGGGCGGGGCCGGCGCUGCAUCCGCAGGCACGCUCAACACGGCCGUCCAGCUCUACGGCCCGCACUCGAGCUUUGCCCACCCGCGCUUCCGACGGGGCCACGAGGAGCUGCUGACGACCAUGAAGCCGCGCUCCAGCAAGAAGCCCAAGAAGUCGAACGGCUCGGCCACGACUGGCCUCAGCCCGCCCAAGCAAGAGGCAGGUGCAGGUGCGGCGGGCGGAGCGGGCCGCACCGCCGCCGCCGCUGAUGGCGACGAGACGGACGAAGAGGACUUUGCCCUUUCGUGA